ACUACGCAAGAGAACUACAUUUCCCAUGAUGCAACGACAGCGUAUCAAUUAUUGGACCCGGAAGAAAUGCGCAGUUGGUGGUGUGGUUUGGAGGUGUCGGGCGAAAUUUUGCAACAGAUAUUUACUCUGAUAAUAACGUUAUAGAUGAGAUUAUGGCAUCUUCACCUAAAGUAAAGAGAACUACUAAACAUGGAGAUGGUACACAGAAUCUCCUCAGAUCCCAGAAGGACGCCUAUGCCAGACUUCUUAAUCAGCAUCAGAAUGGCAAGUUUCGAUCCUACUUGCAAGAGUUAGCGAAGCAGCAGGUGGAGGAGGGCAUGAGUACAUCAUUUAGCAGGUCUGUGAAUGUUGUGAGCAGGAGAAAAAAGGGCAAUUCCGAGUCCUCUUACUCUGUUGAUAGUUUAUCCUCUCAACAGAGUAGGCAGGUGGCUGAUGCCUCCAUCUGUUUGUACAUGGACAAAACCAACUAUCAGGUGACAUGCACUGAAGACCAGGGCAUAAAGCCUGGCAUGCUGGAAAAGCAUGACAGAAUGGAGCUACAUAAGGCUGCUGCACCCAAAAAGGUACCCUCAAAACCGCAGCACAAGAGAAAUGAAAAACACAUCAAAAUGAGCUCCGAUCAAGUGGGAUCUGAGGAAGGUGACAGUCAACAGUUGAGAUGUUCUUGUGGGGAGGAACAAGCAAAGAACAAAUCAAAGAAGAAGAGAUUAAAAGGAAAUUUAGCGAAAAAAGACCAGGGGGAAUGUGGUCCUGAAGUUGACCUCAUUGCUGGGAAAUCACCAAAUGAAAACAAAGCUCCUCAAACUCAAGCGUCAAAAGAAAGCUUACCACAAAACAAUAAAGAUAAAGGCACCAAAGGUGGUAGAGGGUCUUGGAAGCAACUGUUUGAGCAGUACAUGCACACAGAGGAUGUUUCUGCAGGCCUGGAGAGAGGAGAACUCAUAAAGGGAGUACUGAGAAUAAACCCUAAGAAGUACAAGGAAGCUUUUGUCCCGUCUCCUGAUGGGUCAGCUGAUAUCUUUCUGGAUGGGAUUGCAGCUCGUAACAGGGCUCUCAAUGGAGAUGUUGUUGUGGUGAAAGUCCUCCCACCUGAACAGUGGAAGGCAGUCAGUGGAGAUAUAAACGAGAGAACUUUAGCCAAUCAGAUGGUGCCAAAGGCUUCUGAUGUCAUAGAGGAGGCCCAUUACAAUGAAGAUGAUGAGGUGAUCGGUAAAAUGAAGAAUGUCUGUCUCCAUGAUGAAGCCCUUGUCACAACACAAUCUGUCAAACAUGGAAGUGCAUUCAACAUUUCUGGACCAAGUUCAGAUAGAGCCAUGCAAAGGACUGGAAAGGUUGUAUUCAUUUUUGAGCAAAAGCACUCCAGGGCAGCAUCAGGCUUCAUUAAAUUUCUCCCUAACAAGAAUUUUGCAAUGUUCUCUCCUGUGGACCAUCGGAUUCCAAGAGUUAAUGUGCCUCUAGCAGACUGUCCUGCAGACUUUGUCUCCAGACCUGGAGACUAUGAAAACACACUCUUUAUUUGCCGAAUAACACACUGGCCAGCAGACAACAACUUUGCUGAAGGGCGGCUUGCAAAAACGUUAGGGCAAGCAGGUGAAAUAGAGCCAGAAACAGAAGGCAUCAUGACAGAAUAUGAUGUUGACUUCUCAGAGUUUCCAGAGGAGGUCUUGAAUUGUCUUCCCCAAGAUCUGCCCUGGAGCAUCCCUGCUGUUGAACUCUCUAGCAGAAGAGAUCUCAGAAAAGAUUGUGUAUUUACCAUCGACCCAGCUACAGCCAGAGAUCUAGAUGAUGCACUAUCCUGCAAAGAGCUCUCAGAUGGCAAUUUUGAAGUUGGUGUUCAUAUAGCUGAUGUGAGUUACUUUGUGGAGGAGGGAAGUGUGUUGGAUCAAAUCGCUGGUAAAAGAGCCACAAGUGUUUAUCUGGUUCAGAAGGUAAUUCCUAUGCUGCCUCGACUUCUGUGUGAGGAGCUGUGCAGCUUGAAUCCUCUGACUGAUCGACUGACAUUCUCUGUUAUUUGGAAGCUUUCUCCAGAGGGAAAGAUCCUGAGUGAGUGGUUUGGCCGAACUGUUAUCUGUUCCUGCAUUAAGAUGAGUUAUGAUCAUGCUCAGAGUAUGAUUGAAGCUCCUGACAAACUCUUCAGUGUUGAAGAGCUGCCACCCUGCUCCCCAAACCACAAAAUCCAUGAGAUACAAGAAGCCAUUCUCAACUUGCACAACAUUGCCAAACAACUCCGAGCACAGCGCUUUGAGGGCGGCGCUUUACAGCUUAACCAGCUGAAGCUAUCUUUCACCCUUGACAAGGAGUCCAGCAUGCCUCAGGGCUGUUAUGUCUAUCAAUAUCAGGACAGCAACAGACUGGUGGAGGAAUUCAUGUUGCUGGCAAAUAUGGCUGCUGCCCAUCAGAUCUACCGCACAUACCCAGAACUGGCCAUCCUGCGUAGACACCCGCCACCCCAGAGCAAGAUGUUAGAUGACCUGCAGGAGUUCUGUGACCAGAUGGGCCUUGACAUUGACUUCAGUUCAUCCAGAGGACUCCAUAUGAGUCUGAAUGAAAAUCUUCGUAAUGAUGAGUAUGCUGCUUUCAGGAGGGAAGUUCUCACUCACAUGUGCUCUAGGGCAAUGCAGAUGGCGUCAUAUUUCUGUACUGGAGCCCUGAAAGAUGAGAAUUCCUUCCGUCAUUAUGCUCUGAAUGUUCCUCUUUACACACACUUCACUUCACCUAUACGGCGCUAUGUUGAUGUCAUAGUGCACCGUCUACUGGCUGCCUCCCUUUACUGUGGACCACCACUGAAUCUCUCAUUAGAGGAAGUACAGAAACUGGCAUCCCACUGCAAUGACAGAAAGACUGCUUCAAAGAGAGUUCAGGAGCUGAGCUCUGAACUUUUCUUUGCUGUCUUUGUUAAGGAGUGUGGUCCUUUGGAUUCAGAAGCUAUGGUCAUGGGAGUUCUAGACCAGUCCUUUGAUGUGCUUGUACUUCGCUACGGAGUGCAGAAACGAAUCUACUGUAAUUCAUUAGAGGGACUAAAGGCAGUCCACUUCCGUAAAGUGGGAAAGAGACCAGAGAUGACGCUUGUUUGGGAACAAGGUGACCCCAGCAAAGAGUCCACACAGCAGGAGAUUUCCAUCUUCACCCUGUUGAAUGUUCAGCUGAAGGCAGAUGAAGGUCCUAUGAAAUACAGUGCUGUGCUCAAGAGACCCUCAGUAGUCGUAUGAAUUUUCUUAUUAUUUUUCUUAUUAUUAUUUUUGUUUGCAGAUUUCUUAACCAAACAGAGGUAUCAGUAGUAAGGCUUUCAUUUGCAUCAAUAUAAUAUGAACUUGGUUUUGUAUAAUUUUAUUUUUGAUUUUGUCCUGAAAUCUUUCAGUUGCAGACUUCUUUUAAGUUAGGACAAACUGUUCGAUGCCAUUCAGAGAAUAGUUUCCAAAGUUAAUUUUAGUUUUUACAUUUUAUGCUGUAUUAUAUUUCAAUCUUUCACCUUCAUAUGCUUUGUAAUAUUUGGUUAUUGUGUUCUGUCUUGUACCUACUAGAAUAUGCAGUCAGAUAAAUGACGUUUUAUAAACUUCAGAAGAUGCAGAUAUGUGAAUGAUUAUUUUGUUUUCUCAGUGGGAAGAAUGGGCCCUUAAAUCUACAGUUUAAAUUAGUUGUUUUUGGGACUAUAUAUUAGCUUGCUUGAGUGAUUGCUUGGUUUUGUUGCAAAUAUUGGAUCCGUUAUUUUUUUUAAAUAGGACAUUUGGAUAAAUAUUUUGUUAACUAUUGAUAGAUCAUUUUUAAUAGUUGUUUUCAAGAAUUAAUUGUAAAGCAUCAUUAUUUUUGGCACUGCUUCUUAUAAAAAAAACUUCUGGCAGAAACAAACACUUCACUGGAGGCUUGUAUGUAAAGGUGUUGCCCCAAAUACCACAUACAUUUGAAUACUGUUUUACUGAACUUCUAUUUAAUGUCUUUAAGAAAUGUUUUGUUAAUUUUGUGUAGUUCAUUAAAUGCAUCUAAUAUAA